AUGUCUGCAAUACUCGAAAAAAUAGCAAAAGUUGCCAUUCCUAUUGGUGCUGGCAUCAGUUUGUUUCAAUACAGCAUUUAUGACGUCCAAGGUGGCCAUCGCGCAGUAAUCUUUGAUCGUUUAAAGGGUGUAAAACCCAAUCCCGUUGGAGAAGGCACACACUUCCUUGUUCCUUGGCUGCAACGCGCCGUGAUUUUUGACAUUCGCACAAAGCCACGUAACAUUUCUACUACGACCGGAUCAAAGGACAUGCAGAUGGUCAGUUUAACACUACGUGUCUUGCAUCGCCCGAACGUUGGUCUAUUGCCCUCGAUCUAUCAAACCCUUGGCAUGGAUUAUGAUGAGAGAGUGUUGCCUAGUAUCGGAAAUGAGGUGCUGAAGAGUGUGGUAGCGCAAUUUGAUGCCGGAGAGCUAAUCACUCAGAGAGAAGUUGUCUCAUCAAGAAUACGCGAAGAUUUAGUAAAGCGUGCUCGUGAAUUUAGGAUUGAAUUGGAGGACGUUUCGAUUACGCACAUGACAUUUGGAAAAGAAUUCACAAAUGCCGUUGAACAAAAACAAAUAGCUCAGCAGGAAGCAGAGAGAGCCAGGUUUAUCGUCGAAAAGGCCGAACAAGAGAAACAAGCAGCAAUUAUUCGAGCCGAAGGUGAAGCUGAAGCAGCAGAUAGAAUUUCUCGAGCACUCGAUAAAGCUGGGGAAGGUCUUGUGCUUCUUCGUAGGAUCGAGGCAUCAAGAGAAAUUGCUGGAACGCUGGCUGGAUCAAAGAAUGUUGCUUACUUGCCGGCAAGUCAGGGUGGAUCGGGCCUUUUGCUCAAUGUUGGAGUGUAG